UGAUAAUUUUUCCGUUGCAAUAUUUCCUGCUCAACAUAUUUUCAUAUUCAUUUCAUUAUAUGAUUUUUCAGGAUUUCUUUGGAUAAUAUUGAAAAAAAUUUUUUAAAAAUUUUUCGAAAAAUGGAUCAACGUUUACCGCCAUUGAAUAGAGACAAUUGGACAGAAUGGAAAACUAAAUCGAAAAUCAUAUUGACUCGUUUGAAUAUAUGGUCAUUUGUCAAUGAUGAUCAACCUCCAGAAAAGCAUAAAGCAUUAGAUGAUGCAAUUAUUGAUAUGAUUCUUUUGUCUAUCGAAGACAAUUCUUUAAUUUCAUUAGCAAAAAAUUGUACAACAUCGAAUCAAUUGUGGCGUACAUUAAGCGAAUAUUUUGAACCCUCAACAACAAAUCAUAAUUUGGAUAUUAAGCCAAAAGACGAGAAUUGCGAUUCAUUUAGUAUUGCAAGUCAAAACAAACCGGAAAUUCGUAAUAUUCACACUCAAACAUCAAUGUUGAAUAUAUCCAAUUCUUUGCGUUUACCCGAUGAUUUUGAAGAACUUUUUGUACUUGUUCAACAAUUGGAAAUUAAAUUAAUCGAAACUUUGUCUGAAAUCAAUGAUGAAUCUUUGAUUAUCGAAAAAAGCAAUAUGGUUCGGCUGCAAUUUUUAGACUUCAUUGAUGUUGUUGAAAAUUUUUGUACUCCUUCAAACAGUGAUGAAAAACGAUCUAUCAAAAACGAUUCAAAUUUACUCAAUGAUAUUUCCAAAUUUGAACCUUGCAAAAUUGAAGCUAACAGUCAUACUCAUUCUCCAUCUGACAAAUCGAAACCAAAAGAGAACGGCUGUCAAAAUUCAAUAAUAUCUGAAACUAUUAUGACCUAUGUAAAUAAUGAUUCUUUGCUUGAUGACCAGCAUAACAAGAUCGAAAAUGAAGAAGUUAUUGACGAAAUUUUGGUAUAUUUCAAAGAUUCUUCUAGUGCGACUGUUGUUGAUAAUGAACGAUCACUUCCUUUAGAUGCUGUUACUGAUAAUUUUACUUGGUUGCAGACUAACGAUAUAAAUCUCUGGUCUCGUUUAUUGAUUCUUGAUCCUAAAUUUUUGUCGAAUUUGCAUAAAUUUUAUUGCCAUUAUUGUGGUGAAUAUUGGCUUUUUGAUGCUGAUGGGAAAGUAUUCCGUUAUGGUCAUCGAGAUCGAUCCAAAGAAAAUUUUGAAACAAUUGAUCCACCAAUAUUAAUGAAAGAAUUGUGUAAUAAACCAAUUAAAUCGAUUGUUUCUUGUAAAAAUUAUAAGAGUUACUGGUCUAUGAUUCUAACUUAUGCUGGACAGCUUUAUGCUAUUGGCGACAAUUCCCGUGGACAACUUGGCAUUGGUAAUAAAGAAACUCAAGAUUACCCAAUUUUAAUUUCGAAAAAUAUUUCGAAAGUUUCAUGUGGUUUAUUUCAUGCUUUGGCGCUAACUCAUGAUGGUAGAGUGUUAAGUUCUGGUUCGAACCUAUUUUUUCAAAACGGCAAUGAGAUUCAAGGUCAAAACAACUUGACCCUGGCCGUAAUCGAAUUGUUUAAAGAUGACAUAGUCAUAGAUAUUGCUUGUACUAUGAAUGCUUCAUUAAUCUUGAAAAAAACUCGUGAAAUAUGGUUGUUCGGUUCGGUUAAUAAGGUCGUUUUCUAUCCACCGAGGUUUGUUUCAUUUGAUUCAUUUGUUACACGAAUCAUCGGUGGCCAACAGGAAUUUAUUGUUCUUUCUAAUAAUUUUGCACAAAAUCAUGAUUCUGCUAGUGAUCAGGCUCAUAUAUAUCAAAUUGCUGAUGAAAAAAAACUGGUUCGUUACAAUAUCAAUUUGGAUUCAAGAUCGAAAAUAUUAGAUGUUUAUCAACAAAAUUAUUUCAGCAAUUAUAUAUUUGUUACUAAUGAUGGUCUAUGUCACAUUUAUAAACACGAAGAUCGGGAAAAUUCCCCAAUACCAUUAUUAUCAGUACCCGAUGUUUUUAGUUUGUUUUUAUAUCCUCAGACCGGAUCGAUUAUCCAUCUGCCAAAAAAAUUGGUUAAUAAUCCUGAAAGUAUUCCAACAUUGAACAACCCAAAAACGGCUGAUAUUAUUUUUAAAUUUUCCAAUAUGAAUGUAUUGUAUGCUGAACGUCAACGUUUAAUUGGACGUUCUCAUUUUUGGUAUGAAUCGUUGACUAAUGGCCAAUGGUCGAUUAAAUACCCUGCCAUUAUUGACAAUGAAUUUUUGCUAUUUUAUCUAUAUUUACGUCAUGUCUAUGAAAUGCCUGAACUACAAAUCGAUUUGCAGAAUUCCAUUCAAGAAUUGAGAAAAUUGGCCAAAGAAUACGAAGACAAUGAUUUUCUUUCCUACCUGGACAAUUUUGUUGAUCGUAAUGCCAAAAAGCCUAUUUUGAAUUAAGUUCUAUGUCUAUUUUUUUUUGUUUAAAUUUCAAUCUUAAAAAUUUAAUCUUUUUUUGAAAAUUUUU